GACUGGAGAGCCCCCACUAAUAAAUGGCUGGAUUCCUUACCUUGGGAAAGCUUUGAUUUUUAGAAAAGAUGCUUACAAAUUCUUGCUGGAUCAGCAAAAGAAAUUUGGAGAUAUUUUCACUGUACAUAUUGCUGGUGAGAAAUAUUUUAGUAGAUAUAUUACCUUUAUCAUGGACCCAUUUCAAUACGUCUAUGUCAUCCGAAAUAGCAAGCAACUUGAAUUUCAUGAAUUUGCCAAUAAAAUGGCAUCCAAAACUUUUGACUACCCAGCCUUGUCAAAGGGAAAAUUCCCUGAGCUCAAGGAAAACCUGCACAGAAUCUACCAGUAUCUACAAGGCAAGCCUUUGGAUAUCAUUUCUGACCACAUGAUGAAAAAUCUCCAGGAUAUAUUUGAAUGGAAAUGCUCACAAGCAACAGAUUGGGAAACAGAAAAAAUGUACAAAUUCUGCUGCUCUGUAAUGUUUGAAGCCAGUUUUGUAACACUAUAUGGAAGAGUUCCUGCUGCAGAUGGCCACAAAGUUAUUAGUGAAAUCAGAGACAAAUUUAUCAAGUUUGAUGCCAGCUUUCCCUAUUUAGCUGCAAACAUACCAAUUGAGUUGCUAGGAGCUACCAAGAAGGUUCGGAAGGAGCUUAUACAUCAUUUUUUACUUCAGAACAUGACAAAAUGGCUGGGAGGGUCAAAAGUGGUCCAAGCCAGACAAGAUAUAUUUGAGAAAUAUGAGCUGCUUGGAGAUUAUGACAAAGCAGCACAUCAUUUUGCCUUCCUGUGGGCCUCUGUGGGAAACACGAUUCCAGCUACAUUCUGGGCCAUGUAUUAUCUUCUGCGGCACCCAGAAGCUCUUGCAGCGGUGCGUGACGAGAUUGACCAUUUGCUGCAGUCAACAGGUCAAAAGAGAGGGCCCACAUAUAACAUCCACCUCACCAGAGAACAAUUGGACAACCUGGUCUACCUAGAGAGUGCCUUAAACGAGAGUUUAAGAAUGUGCUCGUCCUCCAUGAACAUCCGCAUCAGCCAGGAGGAUUUUGUUCUCAAGCUUGAAGGGAAUCAAGAAGUCGUUUUGAGGAAAGGAGACUGGAUAGCCCUUUACCCGCAGAUUUUGCACAUGGACCCUGAGGUCUAUGAAGAUCCGAAGGAGUAUAAGUUCGAUCGAUACAUAGAGAAUGGCAAGAAGAAAACCACAUUCUACAAGGCAGGAAGAAAACUGAAGUAUUUCCUAAUGCCCUUUGGCUCUGGGAUCAGCAUGUGUCCAGGGAGGUUCCUCGCAAUGAACGAGAUGAAGAUGUUUCUUUUCAUACUAUUGUCUCAUUUUGAUGUAGAACUAGCAGAAAACAAAGCUGUCAGACUUGAUAACAGUCGCAUGGGCCUUGGUAUCCUCCUGCCAGACGUUGAUAUUGCCUUUCGUUACAAGCUAAGGUCCUUAAGAAAUUGAGCAGCUGCCUAUAUGCUUUCCACUAAUCUCCAUGUUUGCUCUGUUUCAUCACUCAGCUUUAUGUUUUUGGAAACAUUUGCUUUUCCCUCUCUGCUUUUACCUCCUUCCUCUUUGUUUCUAAGGAGAAAAGCCAUUGUGCUGGAGGUAGAGACCAGAUGCAGGGACGUGCAACCUCAAUUUGUCCUGCUUGAGUUGUGAGAAGUGAGGUGACAUGACAAGAGCCUGGCCAAGUAAAUAGCCCAGCAUCCCUACAGGGUGCAUCCCCAUACUCUUGGCCAUGAGAUGAGCAGGAUUUACAGGGAGGAUGAAUCCAGGCCACUUACAUGGGAAAUGGGCUCAGCAGCUCUCUCUCACAGGGUUAGACUGGGACAUACACCCAUCAUCUAGAGGAAUAGCAGCAUCUGCUCGUAGAAGCAUAAUAACAAGAAAGGGGGAGCUUAUUUCUAGAAGAUGAGAGAAUUUCAUGUGAUUAUUAUCCUAACUUUAUAUUUACUUCUUUCAUGGCCUUGAGAGUCUUAGCCCUUUAUUUGGGAGAUGUGAUGGAAGUUGUGUGGGGUAGUGGAGGUUGAUUUGCAAGAAUGUCUCACUGACAACACAGUUCUAACUUCAGGUUUAUGUACUGAUGGUGAAUGCUUUGCUUUCUUGCUCCUUUCCUUUUUUUUUUUUUUUUUUUUUUUUUUGUGCAGUGCAAAAGAAAUUAAAAUAUGUGAUUUGUUUCCUGCAAUCAUUUAAAGUCAAGAGAAGUUCUGUUGAUUUUAAGAGGCCCUCAAUCAAGCCUAAAUUAUCUAUUUUGGCUUUGAGCCCCCCCCAAAAAAGCAUAUUCUUCAGGAAUAAAAUAUAUAAGCCUGUCUGAAAUUAUUCUAUCAGCUGGAAAAUUCUCUUUCUCAAACAGUUUCUCAGUAACAUGUUUGUGCAUUUAUUUUAUGACCAUUUCUUAAGUUCAUUUCUGCAAAAAGGCAAAAGAGGAAGAGGGUUUCAAGGGCAAGUGUGAUAUCUAAAAAUGCUUUUUAACAUUGUUUUACUUUGCCUAAGUUACGCAUAGGCAGAGCAGUGUGACCUGUGUUUGGAAACAGACUUGUCCAUCUGCAAAUUGGAAAAUAGGCUCUUCCCUGGGGCCAAAAUUUGAGCAAGUGAAAACCCUGGGCAGCCACAGAAGUUUAUACUGGCUGCCCAACCUGUUUCACUGGGCGCCCAGCUCUUGUUUGGAAAAUUAAUUUCCUAGUGCACAAAAUCUGAGAUUUUAGACCCUGUAUCUCUUCCCAUCCAUCACUUCAGAGAUUGAUGAGGAUUCCCGUGGCUGUCCAGUCUCGGUUUGCCAAGAUGAUAAUUGUGAUGGCAGAGUAGCCACAUCUGUGGGCCUUACCUUAUGUUCCUAAAAAACUCUGGCACAUCUCUUUGGGAUGUGCCAGAGUAAGUCUUUCAAAAUCAGAAAUUCUGCUCAUCUGUAGAGCACUUGAUGGCCUAUGGAUGAAAACUACUAUCUACAUACUAAGAAUUAUUUAUUGUUAUUUGUGUGGAAGCUUGUUCAGUUAUUUGUGUAAAGCACAUGCCCUAAAUAAAUGUCAGCAUCAUUAGAUAGAUUUUCAGAGAUUGGUACAGCCACAUUCCAAAUCCUCCAAGAAGAAAAUUGUGGUUUUAUGAGAUAUAUUGGGUAAACAUUUUCUCUUCAUACAUAGUAUCAAUAAUGUCUACAAAUUUAGAAUACACUUACAUUAAAUGGGCUUUGCAGUUGAUUAAAUGAUUUAACUUCACUUCAACAUUUAAUCAACAGCAAAAGCUGAUUAUUGCUUUGUGCCACAGAAUAAAAUCAGGUUUUAUGGAGACAUUCUUGUACUCCUGUGGUUACUCUGUAGAAGCUAUUCUGUACUUAGCUGUAGCUCAGAAUCCCGUUUGGACAUUAGAGCCUGGUUUAUUGAGAGAGGGAAUGUUGAUAUCAUUACACUGUUGACUGUAUUCCAUUACUGCUUGUAUGUAAGCUGUAAAAUGUCUCAUGCUACAAUUAUGAUGAAUCUUUCUUUGGCAUCCAACUUUAAAACAAACCUGAAGCAACUGCGAAAAUAACAGUGGGUAUUUGUUUUAAACAGAAGCCUCUUUUUUAUAAUUGUAUUCUGUUUUUAGGAUUUUGAAUUAGAGUAUCAUUGGCUGCUGCAUAAUUUGAUAGGGCAUAAUAAGACUUUGCCAAAAGUACAUGCAAAUCAUUAGUAGUUUUAGAUUAAUUGCUGAUCAAUUUGUAUAGUAUCUAUUCUGAAAUUAAAAGAACUAGAUUGUCUCCAAAGUAGCAAAUUAAAUCUGUAUGGUAUGUUUCAUUUUAAAAAAAUGAAGGAGAAAAGGGUCAGAAUCUUUCCCAGGAGUUGCAGGAAACCUCUUUGAAACCACUUGGAGGUCUUGCAUCAGAGUUAAAGAGCACCAUGCAAGAGGCCAGCAUUCUGCUGGGAUAAAAGUUGCUUGCUCUUUUUGCUCAGGAACCAAAAUAAUCAAAUGCAAAGCAGGGUCUGCCCAGCCUGUCCUGGAAUUGUGUCCCUGGUAACCCAGGCUCCUAGUAGAUUAGUUUGGCUGGUAAUGCAGCACUUCCUUGGCAUACCUCAGCUGCUGAGGAAGUAAACUUUGCCUCCAAGUAAAGUCAUGAGAGCUGGAGCUGGACAGAGAGGUUAAGCCCUUCUGGUCCAUACGUUCAGCAGCUGAGGAGGGGACAUACUGAGAGUCAGCAGCUGGUCUGACCAGGAGUGACUCAGUCUCCAUGGAGCAGCACUGAAAGGCCCAUUCCUGGUCAAUAAGCUGAGACAGCACAACAGGGUGUAGCAUCCCCAAAAGCGCCAGCUGGAGCCAAGCUAGCUGCAGGGUGCUGUGCCAAGAAGAGCUUGUUUCAUUACAGAGGGCACAACGCCAUUUUUGGUGACCUCCUCUGCUGCAGGACCCAGGAGUGUGCAGCUCUGUCUGUCACCAGAGCACAGAGGCAAAAUCAUCUAAGCAGAAAGAGCAGUGCUCUUUUCCAGCGUUCAGGUGCUGGUGGGGCGAGGCAGACCUGUACUUCUCCCUGGCACCUCUCCAGCAGGGGGGUCUGCCCUGCCAGCCCAGUACCUGCUGGGGCAUCCACAGACCUGGCAGCUGCAGGGGCAGGCAGGAGGAGUUCGUGGGUGCCCCCUGAAUUUCUCUGCUGUUCCUCAAUGAAUUGGUGUAGUCACCAUCAGUUAGAGAUGUGACUCGGCUGGUCACUACCAGCCUCUGACUGUAAGUUGUUGGUGUCUAUGGCUAAAUCAAUAGUAUCUUUUGCUAUUAAAAAAAUAUAUAAGCACCUUUUUUUCUCAUUAAAAAAUGGGUUUAUUAGGUCAGUAAGGCCCUUUUUAACACCCAAGAAGAAAGUUAAUUUAUCAUGAACUAAUGUGAAUGCUAAAACAUAAUUUUUUAAUUAUUCUUAUUUUAAUUUACAGAUUGAAUGUUCUCCAUUUUCAUGCUGACACUUAGUACUGCUAGAUGCUAUUGUAAACUUUUUAAAAUGUUCCAUUAUUUAGGAAACCAUCUAGUAUACGUGCACCUGUAUGCAAAUUAGAUUUUCAUAUCUCUGUCAGUAUGUCCUAAUGUAAUAAUAUAAAACCAUGUAAGAGUUGCUCUUUAGUUUAUGCUUUUAAACCAGCUGCAUGUCACUCUUCUUGGCACUGCUAUUUUUAUGAAUAAUUACUGGUCUGUGAAUUUCUCUUGUAGAAUUAUACAAGAUCUUUUAUUUUGUCAUUAUUGAACUUUCUGUCAUUCAAGAGAUUGUGAAGUGCUCUUAAUUUUGCAAACUCACAAUUUGUAUAUAGAUGAACAAUGGCUAGGUUGUAUUUUAACAGUUAAUAUUCAUUGUUGAAGCUCCUAGAUCAACUAAGGUACUUCUGAGUAAGAAAAUCGAAAUUUCAUUAUUUUAGUAAUCUAACAUCUUAAGGGAAUUUUGUAUUUCAAGGACACAAUAAAAAGGAAUGUAUCUAUUUUAAUAUUGAAUGAUUGUCCAUGGUAUUUUUUCCAGCUUAUGUUCAUACUUUUCUCACAGAUUCACAAUUAUUGCUUUAUUUUUUUUAAUUAUUAUUUCAACAUACUACAUUUUUCAGUUACUUGAUCUUCACAGGUAUUUCUGUAAUAAAAAAAAAAAAAGGCCUUUAAUUCAGCAGUGGAAUACAGAAUCUCCUCUGAAUAUUGGAAACGAUGGUGUCUUUUACCACACCCCCCUCUGCCAUGAAACAUAAGCCAGUUCUCAUCAGAUGAGGUAAAAAAAGUGGUACUUCUGACAUUCUUAGGACAUUAUUCAAAAUUAGUAUAUAAGAUCUGCAGUCCACUAGUGAUUCCUAAGUACAACUCUUAGGCUUUUGCUUUGGCAAACCUCCAUGUAGUACAAGAUGUACUACCUAGUGUAAAAUAUUCUGUCUUCACAGAUCAUUCAUUUUAAAAGGGGAUAUGAAUGAAAUUAUUAUGAUACACAGCACUGCACCAGCAAAGCACAACUUGGCUUUUCUAGGUAUCACUGUAGCUGCUGAGUUCUACAAGUAGGUAUUUAAUAGGAAGGUUGUACCCUAAAGACAUCGGUGCUUCUCCAUUCCUUCAUGCAGAAAUGCUUGUCAGGUAUGCCUGCGAGGGUUAUUGAAGAUACUUCCUAGAGAAACAAACCUGCUGCAUUUUCUGGGUUUGAUAAAUGUGUGUGUAGCUGUGCAAUUGUUUUAACUCCAGGCUAUAUUAGAAGUUACUGAAAUUUAUAAAUUAAAAAGCAUCACUGUUUGGAUUUCUCGAAGGGCACAUUUCUGAGUGAGCUUUCCAUAAUGGUCUGAAAGAUAGCUUGAAAGGAAGGAUUUAGUGAGACCCCCUAACACCGUAUUUUAUCCAGUAUUUGAUUUGAUACUAGGUACUGUCUUGAUGUUACUUGUACAGCACUGUAUUUUAAAACUGUUUGAUGUAUCAAUUUAUGCUUAUGCUUAACUCAUAUGAAUAGAGCUAUUCUAACAGCCAGACCAUAGAAAGUGAAGUAUUUUCCUGUCUACUACCUAAACCAGCCCAGCAACCCUGGCUAAUCGUGUCCCCAUACCCACUUCAUAUCAGAAAAAUUACCUUGUUACAAAAACACCCCUCAAAACUACACUUACGAAAGUAUCGUGAUCCUUAAGUUAUUGUCUAUGUUUAUAAUUAGGAAAAAAUAUGAAGAAAUAUAUGAAAGCAUAUCAACAAAAGGUAGACAAUGUUCCAUUUCAAAGUGAAAGCAGGGAAGGAAGCUAUAGUGGGAUAUUGAUACUCAUAUAAACCUGUUCUCUUUAUUCUAUGCAUCAGGCUUUCCUGGGAUCUCAUGUACUGAGGUUGUAUGAGUACAUCAUUUGUAAUAGUAGAAAUGUACUUGUCUUUAAAACUAUUCCCACCAAAAUAAAUAAUCAAAAGAAUACUAAGCUUUAGCUGUUCUUGCUAGAAGCCUUGCAGGAUUCUUUCUGUGUUCAAAGAUUUGUUAAAUCGAUUAUGACACUAAUGUGUUGGUUUAUUUUUCUUUUUCCCAAAACCACCAGCUAUGAGUACAGAAAAGUUGAACAAAAGUCUAAGUUCUGGCUACAGGGAGAGCAAAAGUCAGUGAGCAAACACCCUGUGAUGACUUUUGACAGCGACUUCUUCCCCAUCCGCUCAUCUUUCCAACUACCUCUUCUUCCAAACAGUUUAGUCGCUCACUAACCUCCUACAGGCAGCAAGUCUUUCCCUGUCUAAUUUCCAUCUUGUGAGCCAGUGAAUCGCCUCUCUUCACAACGUAUCUUUCAGCUGCCUUUUAAAAAUGAAUUCUUUACAGCAGCCUCUUGCAAAACCGGCAUCGCAGGUGGCUGCAGCUGGGAGAAGUGCCGCCUCGCUAAAGCUUUGAACCUGAAAAGCGGAUGGGCAUUAGUUGAGUUCGUGCUUGAAGCACCGGGGGAUGCUGCUGCUCCGGGAUGCCCCCGGCCCGCAGCGACGGCAGAGAACCGCACCCUCGCCCGCAUCCCGCAUCCCCGCCCGCUUCCCACUGCCCGCCGGGCUCCCGCCGCCGGCUUGCGCUCCCUGCGCUCCCACCUCCCCCGGCCCCUUACAGAAAUCAGGAGAGAGGGGCGUGGGAAAAGACUCCUGCAGCCCCUUCCCAAAAGCGUCACGAGCUUCCAGGGAUGCUGCAGUGGGACAAGGGGACGGGACCCCAGAGGAGGUUCCUAGGGAAGCGGUCGGGUGGUCGGUGAGUUCGGAGAGCUUCGGCUGGUGGAGAGGAGGUUUACUCUGGAAAGGCGAUUGUUUUUCCCUAAUCCUCAAUUAUGAAGAUUUAAAAAUAGUAUUAAAGGGGCAAUCUGUUCUGCAACUUCUCAGAAGAAAUAAUUGUUGAUUUAGAUAAGCACUGAUCCCUUCAGUGUUUGAUGAAGACGUUAAUUUAUGGCUGUCUAGCAGUUUAUGGCUGUCAUUAGAUUUUCAGCUUUGUCUCUCUUCGAAAUGUAUCUUUAUUUUUUUAUUUUAAUCCGAGACAAUUAUGUAAGAAAACGGUUAUGUUUGAUCUAAAAUACAUCAUUUUCCUAUAGCAUUUCAAAUUAUUCACAGAUCAUAGUUCUUAUAUGUGCAUAUAUGAAUUUAAAAAUACAGCAGUAAAGUGCUUGAAACAGA